AUGUCCUUACCUUUUACCGCUCCUGAUAAUUGUUCAUUUUCAGAGGAGCGUGAGCACGUACAGAAGAAGACAUUUACAAAAUGGGUAAACUCUCAUCUAGUGAGGGUUAGUUGCAAAAUUCAAGAUCUCUAUAUGGAUAUGCGAGAUGGAAAGAUGCUGUUGAAACUUUUGGAAGUCUUAUCCGGGGAGCGCCUGCCGAAGCCUACCCGUGGUAAGAUGCGAAUCCAUUGUCUGGAGAAUGUCGACAAAGGAUUGCAGUUUCUCAAAGAUCAGCAUGUGCAUUUGGAAAAUCUUGGUAGUCAUGAUAUUGUCGACGGAAAUCCACGCCUCACUCUCGGUCUUAUUUGGACCAUUAUUCUUAGGUUCCAGAUCCAAGAUAUCACCUUUGAAGACGCCGAUAACCACGAAACGCGUUCCGCUAAGGAAGCGUUGCUACUUUGGUGCCAGAUGAAGACCGCUGGCUAUCCUAAUGUGAAUGUCAGGAACUUCACAACAAGUAAAUCUUCCUUAACUGGAUUUUCCGUAAACAAAGGUUUUCUUUUCAUGAAUACUAAUUUAGUUGGC